AUGUAUGCCGCCCAGCAUGCAGGCAUGGCGCCUCAAAAGCCAGAGACCUUUAUGCUCAGCACAGAAGCCCAGCAGGCAUUGCCACAUGACGCCCAGGUCGCUCUGCAGCAGGUCGACAAUCUGAAAUACUUUCUCAUUUCCGCCCCGGUCGACUGGCCGCCAGAGCACUACAUUCGCCGCUUUCUUCUGCCGACGGGCGAGUACGUGUCGUGUGUGCUCUGGAAUGGACUUUUCCACAUCUCCGGCACAGACAUCGUCCGGUGCCUUUCUUUCAGAUUCCAAGCCUUUGGUCGCCCUGUCAAGAACUCGAAGAAAUUCGAGGAGGGCAUCUUCUCCGACCUGCGGAAUCUGAAAUCGGGCACCGACGCUUCGCUUGAGGAGCCAAAGAGCCCUUUUCUCGACUUCCUGUACAAGAACAACUGCAUCCGGACACAAAAGAAGCAGAAGGUCUUUUACUGGUACAGCGUCCCGCACGACCGCCUGUUCCUCGAUGCGCUUGAGCGCGACCUGAAGCGCGAGAAGAUGGGCCAGGAGGCCACCACAGUUGCUGUCAGCGAGCCCGCGCUGUCUUUCCAGUACGAUUCGUCGCAGUCGCUGUAUGACCAGCUCACCAAGGCCCAGCAGGCGAACUCGUCUUCGUUCAGCGCGCAGCAGGUGUCCUUCCCCCAGUCGCAGACCGCUUCCCCCGUCAUUCGCGCGAUGGACUCUAUGCCUCCUCCCCAGAUGCCGCAGAUGCCUCAAAUGAUCCCCCAGACCAUGGCCCCUUUAGCGGAUGGCAUGGAUGCGAUGGUCCCCUUCACGACAGCAGCAGCAGCAAUUCAGAUGGCCCCCCCGCUGGCUCAGCAGGUGGUCAAGAGGGAACCUGAUUUUGCUCGCGUCCAAUACAACCAAAAUGGCGUCCCGGUGGCUGCCGGCCACCAGCGCCAUGCGUCCAUGCCUGCCUACGCUCUCGAAUACUCUCCGGCACCCUCCUUCGUCUCGUCCCAGUACGACGACUACGGCAACCGUGGCAUCUCAUUUGAGCCCCUGACCCCGCCACAACUUGCUACUGGCAUCACAUCUGAGCCGGCUUACAUUGCCAACGAGGAGACGGGUCUGUACACUGCCAUUCCCGACCACCUCAACACUGGCAUGAACGGCCUGAACGGUAUGGUCCAGUUGCCUCCGUCCAAUCUUGCUGGCCCGCAGUUCUCGCGCGGUUACAACAACAACAAUGUCUACUCGCCUGUCAUUGAGGGUUCUCCCACAUACAAGCAGCGGAGACGCCGCUCUUCCAUCCCUCCUGGCAUGUCCGCCAUUGUUGCUGCUACUGCUGCCACAGCUGCUGCUGUGCACCGCCCGUCGGACCUGCGCCGCUCGGUGUCGGUCUCGGUCGGCCCGGUCGCUGAGGGCGACGAGUCGCUGGACAACUCGCCGCCUGGCCUCACAUACAGCAACUCUGGUAUUUCUCUGACCAGCCAGCAGCACAAGGAGCUGCUCGACCUCUCCCGCCAUGGUACCCCCUUGUCAACGGUUGAGGGCAGCCCGGGCCUGAACCCCAUGGCUCUGCAGCAGCAGCAGGACUUCCCCAACAUGCCUAGUGAGGAGCUACCGGUUGCAGCCGGAAAUGUUUCUAUUCCGGAGGAGCAGCGUCGGCCCAUGGCUAACGGCGGUGCCAACGUGAUCCGUCGUGCUCGCUCGGCUACGGUCAUGGAGCUUGGUCCCUACCCGCAGAAGUCUCACUCCUGCCCUAUCCCUACGUGUGGUCGCCUCUUCAAGCGGCUCGAGCACCUGAAGCGGUAA